AUGUAUCUAUCUAUUUUUCUAAAUGCAUAUCUACCCGUCAGUUUUUCAUCCUCUGCCGACUUUUUUUUGCUGCUAACGAGGUAUACACGGCAUGGCUAAUCGGUCGUUUGCCUUACUUCGUUUUUGUUGUCUUCUUCUUCUUUUUUGUUUUCCUUUGAAUUUUUGAUUCUAAAAAUAAAAUACGAAGUAUUUUCAUUUUCAUGUUUUUUAUUGAUCAAAAAAAGUGCGUGGUCUCACGGGAAUAAUUUUUCUCCGUUUUCAACGAAAAUUGUUCUAACAAGUUAGAAGUUAUUUUUUCGAUUUUUAGUUUUGAAAGAGGGAAUUUUCAAGUUCACAGCAGAUUUUAUCUACAUUCAUUUGUCACCGCAGAUAUUUGUUUGAUUUUGUUGAAAAAUCAAUAAAAACCAGAUGUUUAUUUCGUUUUUCUUCUUCCUUCCGUUCCAUUGUGUAAUAAUCAUUUCUCUUUCCCAAUUUUGGUUCAUUUUUCAAAAGUUAUAAACAUAUUGAUAUCUAAUAUCAUAAUUAUUUUAAAACAAAUCCAAACUUCACUCUUUGUCUCAUUUCUAAUAUUCGUUCCGUUUUGUUUGUUUUGUUUUGCUCCGGAAUUUGCUCGUGUUUAUUUUUUCGACCAUUGGCUACCUCACACACAAAAUCUCUUCUCUUUUUUGAUAUUAUAUAAUAAUAAUUAUUAUUGAUAGAUAUAGAAACUUUCAAGUAUUCAUUCAUGAAUACUUUAAAAAGAAGAGAAAAGUGCACGAAUUUUUAAUUAUGAAGAAAAGAGCUAUGAACAUGAGAAAAAGGUGUGGAUUAUUGACUCGAGUGAGAGCAAACUAUUCCAUGACUCAUUUUUUCUUCAAGUUUUUUCUUUUCUUUUUUCACUAACACUUUUGGAGCCAGCUAAGAAAUCAAUGAAAACCAACCUAUGAGUCAAAUUAUUUAGCUCCAAAUAUCGGAAAAUUUCGCUCAGAAAAGGUGUUUAAAUGUUCCAAAAAAGUUUUCCUUCCAAAACUUCCAUUCCCAACCUAUUUUUUCGCUCCUCCCGAUUAUUUAUUCCUUUUCUAUUAUAUUGAUGAUCGGAUUACGGUCGACGGUCGGAUUAUUUCUGUCAUUUUCAAUGUACAAACUGUUUCUCUUAUUUGUAUUUCUUUGUUUUUCGCGCAACUAAAUUUUUCUUUUUUUUCAGAUUGACGAAUGUUCAGAAAUGGGUGAAAGAGACCGAGCAAAUACCGUGUAUUAUGAUGCACACUCGAAUUUGUAAGUUGUUUUUAAGUGUUUUCUAUAUGUAUGUGUGUGUGAAAAGUUGAAUAUUUUUUACUUCAGUGGAACUCCGCCAAAAGAUGGAAGUGGUGAUUAUAAAGUUCUUGGGAUUGGUGGAAUCGCAGCAUAUAAUGUAAAUAAUAGUAAUAGCAGUAUACGAAAAGUGAAUCCGGUGCCAAUGGAUGGAGAUUCGAUUAAUGGCCCACCGAUUUAUGAAAGAGUUCACACGGUAUGUUUUUUUCUCAGAUUAAAAGUAAGGUUUUUUUGAACCAUGAGUUACUUUCUUAAAAAUAAUAUUCAAAACAGGAUUUCUGACGUGGAAAUUCGGAAAUAUUUACAAAUUUUCGAAAUGAAAAAAAAACAUUUUUGCGAAAUUUUUAAACGUGACCUCUAAAUGUUUCCUAUCCACGUUUUUCAAAAACAUUAUUUCUUUCAUCAUUUUUGUGAAAAAAUAUGUUAGAAAAAAUAAUUUACAGGAGCGACGAUAUAAUCAAUCAUAUCAGCGAAGAGAUUAUCCAGCAAAUAAUACAGUUAUUCAGGUAAUUUUUAUUUAUCAUAAAUAUUUCAUAAUCACAAUACAUACAUAUUUUUAGUCAAUGGCACAUCGUUCACCAAAUCGAAUGAUAAUUGGUUCAUCAUCAAAUUCAGUUCAUAUGCCACCAAUGUCAACAUCUUAUGAUUAUUCAACAGGUCGUGCAUAUUCUGGUGGAAGAGAAACAGAAGAUUUUCGACCUGGACCACGUGCCAGUUCUGCAGCUAACAUUGAUUCACUUUUCACAAAACAUCGAAAUUAUUCUGGUUCUUCAAGUGGUUCUGCAGCACUUCCACCAGUUGGGCCAAGAAAUGGAGAUUCGUAUCAUAGAAGAGGACAAACACCAGAAAGACCAAGAGAUUUUGGAGUUGUUGGAGCAUAUGAUGAAAGAUUUAAUAAUUCGAGAGAAAGAGGACGAAUUAGAAAUCAUGGAAAUGAUUAUGAAUUAGAUCCGAGAUUGAAUGUAACAUAUCCACAAUAUUAUGUGAAUGAUUGGAAAGAUCGACAUGUUAGAGAUAAAAGUGGUCAGUGUUUUUUGGAGAAAAAACUACAUUUUAUAGAUCACUAAGCUUACAUAAUCCAAGAGAAUAGUGGUUCUUUUCACAAAAAAAAACAUUAGGAAAAGUUUCAUUACCCAAGAUGUUUUUUUUUUUGGCAAAGGUCAAAAAAUGUUCUAUGAAAAAUAUUUGAUUUUCAAAAAUCUAAAUAAUUUUGAAUAUGAAUUUUGACUUGGAAAGUUUCAUUUAUGACUAAAUUAGCCAUAACUUACCUCAAAUUGGUUUUAUGAGGUAAUUUAUGUAAAACAAUUUUUUCAUGUGAAAAAUGAAUCAGAGAAAUGAAAAUUAUUAUAAAUUUUUGUUGAAAUGACAUAAAAUAUUCUUACGUCAUAAUUUUUGAGUUUUCUCAAAAGUAGGAGAAACAAAUGAGAAUUUAGAAACAUCAGCCGAGGCGGAUUCAUUAUUUCUAUUUUUGUAUGAAAAUUCAUAAUAAUCGCCUGAUUUUCGCAAGUUUUACUUCAAUUUUUAUUGAAAAAAAAAUCCAAAGCCAUCUGAAGUAUAAAUCACAUAUAAUUUUCUGAAACCAAUAUUAUCCUCCUAUUAUUUUUUCAGUUCCAACAAAUCGUUCCCCUUCUUCAUCUUCACAACCUCCUCCUCUUUCUCAAAUAACUUCUUCAUCUCCAUAUUCAAUGUCAUCUUCUUCAUCUUCUCGCCUUCCUCCUCAUUCGUCUUCUUCUCCUUUCAAUAAAUCAACUGUUGGUGUUGGAAGCGGUGGUCGAAGAUUUUCAAGUGAACAAGCCAGGUUAGCUAUUUUCUUUUCUCUUUUUUUUUCUUUUUUUUAUAUAAGCAACAACGAAAAAAAACACGAAAAAAGUUUUGAGAGCACACAAAAACAUCUGCUCUUUAUGGAUUUUUUUCGAGAGAGAAAAAAACGACAAUUGGAAUUGUUUUUCUUGUUGCAGGAAUUUAUACGAAGAAGUGCCAAUGGAAAACGAAAAUAACGGGUAUAUUAUUAGAAGACGUGAAUCGGCUGGAAAAAAUAAAGAGACUGCGAUUUUGGAUGAUUAUGAUAAUGUGCCUAAUGAAUUCCUGGAAAAUGUGAGUUUUUUUGGAGAUCGGGGGAGGUUUGAAGGAAUAUAACUAAAAGUUCAAUUUUUUUCGAGUUUUGAAAAUAUCUUUUGAAAAAAAAUUGGCUCAACAUUUUGAUUUAUUAGAGAAAAAUUAUGAAAACUUCAAAGAUUCAUGGUAAACUGAAAAUUGUUAACAAUUUUUUUUAAAUGUUCAACACUUUAUCAGACCAUAAAAGGUCGAUUUAAAUUAAGUAAAAUAUUUCAAUCGGUUUUGGAAGGCUCUCUUGCUAAUUAUAGUUUUGAAUUGAGGGUUUGAAAUUUUUGACGAAAUAAAAUAUGUUUUGAAAAAUUUAUCAAAAAAAUCCUAACAGUUUUUGACAUCAAAUAUGAGUAUUUAUAACAUUCAAAAGUGAACUCUUCUUAUUUUUUCCAAUUUCCCUUUCAUCUCAUCUCAAAUGCAUUUUGCUCUCUUUCUUGACUUUUCUUUUUUGUUCCCUCAAAGUCCAAGAAAUUAAUGUACUUUACGAAAAAAUCAAAGUAUUUUUUGGUUUUCAGAACGACGACAAAAUUUCGGACGUCUACCAACCAGGAAAAUAUCGACCAUGUGAGUUUUUUUUUUUUUUGAAAAAAUAUCCAAUUCCAUUUGGGAAUUAUUUUUGAGUACACGCACGCGAGAAAUGAAACAAAAAGUGUUUUCUUUGAUGUUUUUCAAGUUGACAUUUUAUACUAUUUUUCAUUUUUUUUUGGUGAAAGAUUGUUCUUUUCCCGUUUUUUUUUGCUUUUUGGAUUAGAUUUCAUUUGGAUGAAAUUGUUAUUUUACUCUUCCGGAUUUUGGUUUUGUCGUGAAUUUUGGUCUCGGUGAACAUGAGUUGGAUUAGAUUUUUAUAUUUUUUGAAUUCAUGGUUUCUCUUAUUUAAAAAAAAAGCUGAAAAUAUAUUUUAUUUUUGAAAAAGGAGUCAAAUUUCACAGUUAAUUUUCUCAAAAGUCCUUUUUUUUCCUCAACGAAAAAAAAUGUUUUUCAAUUAAAUUAGAUGUUCGUUUUUUCAUUGGAAAAAAAGAAAAAGCUUGUUUUCUUCCCAAUUUCAAAAUAUAUACUCGAAACCUACAAUUUUUCGAGAAAUGUAAUAAUAAUAGGAUAUGUCUAUACUUAAUUUCUGCAGAUUUUUCAAUACAAUCUAGAAAAAUCUAGAGAAAAAAUUCAUGAAUAAAAUAUGUCGACACUGUUUUUAUAUGCAGUUGAUGUUUUUUUUUUCUAUUUUCUUUCUUGCUUUUCGGUUAAAAACUGGAAAAAAUCGUUAAAAAUUAAUUAUAUAAAAUUUUUCUACUUUUUUUUUCAUGAGGAAACCAGACAAAAUCUUGGAAAUACACUGGCUUCAUUAUUAUUUUGCUCAUGAAUUUUCCCAUUUUUUUCUUUCAUUUUGCUCCGAAGUAUUUUGCAAUAUGUUAUUUAUUCGCCGUUCACAAAAAAACAGCAAAAACUGAAUUUAAAUGAACGACAUAUUUUUCGAGCACGGUGAAAUAAGUGAAAUAAGAGAAAAAUAGAACACAUAAUCCGUUUUUUUUUCUUCUUCGUCUUCGUAAAUGUUUAAUCUCUUUAUAUAAAGCUUACAAGAAUUAUUUCAGUUGCUAGUUAUUUUAACUGUUGAUUAGUAUUCCAAAGAAAAACUCAAACUUGUUGCGAAAAUGAAUGUUUCACCAUCUGGAAGUUUAAAACUUCGAUCGACUCCAAUUGAUAAUCGGAGAAAAAUUAGUGAUAAUUUGAUGUUGCGAAAAAUAUCGAUGGGAUUUGGAACACCGCCAAGAUCAAGUACAAAUCCGAUGGGUGGAAUGUUGAAUCAAUUGGCUAAACAAGGAAGUUUGUCAAGUUUAUCGAAAGCAAGAAAAUUUAGCGAGAAAAUUGCAUCGUGGGUCAGUGUUAGUAUAUGUAAGUUUAUUUUAUUUUGAUUAUUUUUUGUAUUUGAUUUGUAUUUGGUUGUCAAGUUUUCAAAGUUGUGAGAAAUUGACAUUGGGCUUAUUUCGAAAUAGAACAUGAGAUAAGCUUUCAAAUGUAUUCUCAUUCUAAUAUUCUUCAUACCAACGGAAUCUUCUCGUAUUAGAGAACUAUUUCCUACUCACUGUCUAAGAUAUACGGGGCCCUGUCGUCACCAGAUGUCAGAUUUAUUGAAAUACUCGAUGUUGGUACAUACAAAAAGGUUUUUUGGGACGAAGAUUUACUCGGCCAGGUGAUCCAUAACCGAACAAAUGUUCUUCUCGAACGGGCUCACUAAUUGUUUUUCCAAAGUAGUUUUUGUUUCACAAAAGUUAGGCUUCUACCCAAAUCUCCUUCGAAUCCAGUCUCCAGAGACUUUGAACCUUCGAAUCCAGAAUCCAGAGACUUUGAACCUGACCACAUUGGAAAAAAUUUCCCCGGUUAAAAAAUAA